AUGGGCGCAGAGCGGUCGCUCAUCUGCCAGGGGGACGUCCGGGCGUCACGGUGUCCGGCCGCUGAAUUGGACGCGGUCCGCGAGCCGCGGCCCGCUGUGUGCCCACGGCGGGGGGCCGCGUGGCGAAUGUCUGCGAGCGAGCGCCGCGCCGCGCCGCCACGGGACCGGCUUGCAGCAGUCAGUCGCUCCUCGCCGCACACCAGCCCGCCGCUGCGGCUAAAGCCGUCGGCACACGGACCGCGCUGCCCGCUGCCGGGUUCUCCGGGUAGCCUAGCGCGCGGCGCCGGAGCCGCUGCAGCCAGGCCGCCCGUGCCGCCUGCGUGUCCCGUGCCGCGCCGCGCGCCGCAGCGCAAGGCGCUCGGCUCGCGAUGGGUUUUCAUUUGA